UGGGCGAAGACGUCUUCUUCGGCUUCGAUGACCACGAGGGCAUUGAGCACACGUAUUAGCAAGGUUCAAGAAGUAUUCGAAGAUGGAGGUAGCUUCCAAGGCCAUCUGGUCUUGAAUCUUUCGUGAGAGAGGCGUGAUUUGAGAUUUGAAAUGAUGCAGCAUGGAUGUAACGUGAUGUUGACAUGGUGUUCCACGAUGCGGGCUAUCACGGGGUCAUUCCGACUUCGCCGUUGAAGAGCAGCGUCGUCGUCGCCAUUGCCACAUCCACACAGCACAGAUUGUGGAAGAGGAAGAGAGAAUGAUCCAUAUGGCACUCAUUGCGACUGGUUCGCAAAUCAUGACAGCCCCGGAACUUUUCCUGGCGAAACAUCGCGAAAAAGCCCUGUGGGCAACCGAAAGACAACGAAAGCAAAAAAGUAUUCAGCAACGACAAAACUCCCCGCCCUCAGAACAACGAAAGGAAGAAAAAUCUUGUAAUGAUCUGAAAAUGAAGAAUGAACCAACGAACGCAUCAUGCAUGAUAAGGAAAAAAAUUAAAUUAUGUCCCACAGAAGAGACGUCCUCUCCCCAUUCUCUCCUUCUCGCUCAUCGUCAAUCAUCAUCAAUGGCUUCGUCCCACACGUUGCGAACAAUAGAAGGAAAGUGCGCCUCUACUGGAUCUUCUUUUCCAUGUACCCACCGGCCCCCUUUCAGGCAGAAGACCCAAGCCACAUCCCCGUCAAACACCCGCCAGCCACUCGCCAGCUCGAUCCACAAACAAAAGAAAGGAAAAACUCCCACAUGCAUGCCCCUCUCAUUCGACUCGUCCUUCGUGAUGAGUCAAUCGACAUUGAGCGAGUUGCAAAACCACACCGUUAGAAUCCGCCGUGUGCCGCGAAAGAAGCCGUCCUCCAACCUUUUGCCCCCGCAUCGAUGCCCAAUUUACUGAAAGGUUUUCCUUGUCGUAGCCCCACCGCCAUUCGCACCGCGUCUGUAGGAGGAAAGGCCGAUGCAACGGGAGGAUUGUCUCCCGGUCAAAUCGCAAAUCUGCCCUUGGGGACCGGAGCCGGCCACCACAGAAGCGUUCACAGGCAGUGGCCGUUCUCUGCUUCCAAGUGAA